UUGUGUGUCUCCUGUGGUUUGGAGCCUUUACUAAAGGUGUAAAUGCUGAGGUUCAGACUAUUGCAGUGAAGGUAGGAGGUGAAGCCUUCCUCAGCUGUCACCUCAUGAAAUCUGAAGAUGUUGUACAAGUCACAUGGCAGAAGAUUUCACCUGAGAUGAAUCUGGCCACCAAUAGCAAGUACUUUAGUCCAAGAGUGAAUCCAGAGUUCAGAGACAAGGUGGAGUUUAAAGAUGCUGGACUGCAGAACAGCACCAUAAUUAUCAAGAAUGUGAAGCAGCAGGAUGAAGGAUGUUAUAACUGUCUGUUUAACAUCCAACACCAGGGGGUUAUCAUCUGCAAAACCUGCCUCCAGAUCUAUGAGCUGAAUGAACCUGUUCUACAUGUCAGUAAAUCGUCCUCUACUGCAGAGUUCAUUGUGUCCUGUUCAGCCACUGGUCGACCUGCUCCCACUGUCACUCUGAGUGUCCAGGGACAAAACUUUUCACACACCAGUACCGUCAGAGUCCCCAACACUAACGGUACAGUGACGGUCAACACUACAGCUGUACUGUCAGGUCUGCACAGAACCAGUACUAGAGUUAGAUGUUCAGUCCGACUGGCCUUUGGUUCUGAGACAGAGGUGUUUACAACCAUUCCUGGUUUUGAUGAGGAACGUUCACCCAGUGACAGUGAUGACAGUUUGACCUGGAUCAGUGUGUCUGUGGUUCUGGUCUGUGCUUUUGCUUUCAUCAUCACAUUUUUGUUCAAAAAAUACAUGAAAUGUUUUUCUCACAGUGACCAUGAGGAGAAUGAAGAUGAGGAAGUGGGAAAGGAACUGAAAGACACUCACGAUAAGGGGACCCAGGGGGAACUGCCCCACGCCCCCAUCUGA